AUGACGAGCACUAUCACUGAAAUGAACACCACCACUGCCACCAUCACUCCCACUAUCGCCGGCACUACCGCUUCCACUGCUGUCAACACCAAUUCGAGCUUAUCCUCUCCCACUACCUCCGAAGCCACUAGUUCCAGCAACGUCUCUCCGCCAACUCCUGCACUACUUGAUCACCCUCAUCCUCUCUUCUCCGAUGGCAUGGACAACGCCAUUCCAAAGGCCACAGUAGGAGAGAGUCUCUUGCGCCAAUAUGCCCACCAUCUAGACCCCCUACAUACUGACGACCACACUCAUGCCGUACACGAUCUCUCAGAUUCACACGCGGUCGCCACUAUCGAUGCGAGAGCCGUGACCUCCGUCGACGCCUCCGCCCUCAGUCCUGCGAAUAUCCCUCCCACCGAUCGUUUGCGCGGCUCCUACAUCGCCCAUCAUCCUACCGUCCCGGUACCCAAGCCAUUGCAACUACCGAAGUCGGCCCUCUCGCAUCGUAAGAACGCAAGAUCAAUAGACAUAUCUAGACAGACUAUACUGAAGGCGUUGGUCUCUCGGCGACCUAGCAUGGGUUCCAUGACCGCAAACGCCUUCAAGACUGCUGCUAGCGGCGACGGAGACUCGGAACAGCAGGAUGGACUCUCUGCGUCGACAUGUCCGACGGCAACCUUCACAGCUUUGCAAUCCAGCGUUCUCUCCGGCCAAUCGCCGCUCUCAACCAGUUUCCUUCGUUCGCCUUGUUUCUUCCAUCAGCGAUUUGAGGGCGUUGUGGAUGUCCAGAAGGUGUUAGAGGAGAUUUCAGAUGACGAUUAUUCGCAUUCAAGAUUGAUGCAGACCGCAACUGGGGUUCGGGAAGUCUCCAAACAGUUGCAGCGCAAGCCACUCAAGCGCGCGGUGCGGAACGUUAUGAUCGUGACUAAGGCCCGCGAUAACAGUCUGGUGUACCUAACCCGCGACCUAGCCGAAUGGCUACUUUCCACACCUCGAUAUGGGAAUGACCUGGGCGUGAAUGUCUAUGUUGAUGCCAAGCUACGACAUUCCAAAAGAUUUGAUGCCGCGGGGAUCCUGAGAAAAGAGCCCCGAUUCCAGCACAUGCUGAAAUAUUGGACACCCGACUUGUGCUGGUCCUCGCCGGAGAAGUUCGACCUUGUGCUGACUCUGGGAGGAGAUGGCACUGUUCUGUUCACCUCAUGGCUCUUUCAAAGGGUUGUUCCGCCGGUACUGUCCUUCUCCCUCGGCAGCUUGGGCUUCUUGACGAACUUUGAGUUCGACAAAUACAAAGAGCAUCUUGAUCGUGUGAUGGGCGAUACCGGCAUGCGGGUGAAUCUCCGAAUGCGAUUCACCUGCACUGUCUGGAGAAUAGAUCGCUCCCCCGGUGCCGCUAAGGGCGCAGUGGAGGAGGGAGAGCAGUUUGAAGUGCUGAAUGAGUUGGUCAUUGACCGCGGUCCUUCAGCCUUCGUUUCGAAUUUGGAGCUCUACGGUGACGAUGAGCUUCUCACGAUCGUGCAGGCCGACGGGUGUAUAUUCUCCACCCCGACCGGAUCUACGGCGUACUCCCUGUCAGCGGGAGGUUCUCUGAUACACCCGUCCAUCCCUGCAAUCUUGUUGACACCUAUCUGUCCUCACACCCUUUCAUUCCGUCCUAUGGUGCUCUCAGACACUCAGGCACUUCGCAUAGCUGUGCCAAACAAGUCUCGUUCUUCGGCCUACUGUUCCUUCGACGGCAAAGGCCGCAUUGAGCUCAAGAAGGGCGACUAUGUGACACUGGAAGCAUCUCAGUACCCCUUCCCUACCGUUAUGACCGGUACCAAUGAAUGGGUGGAAAGUGUCCAAAGAGCCUUGAGGUGGAAUGUCAGAGGAGCAGUCCAGAAAGGCUGGGACGACGCAGACGAAGAGGACGGUGAUCCUGCUGAGGAGAAAUGGGACAUCGACAUCGAUGCUGGCCCGUUUGGGGGCACCGACAGCGGUAUCGGUCCUAGUGAGGAUGGAGACCAUGUUGCAAGUCCCAUGAGGCCGCAGAUGAACAUGUUGCAUAUGUGA